CAUUGCUUUUCCAGCAAAUAUCUGGAUAAUUGAAGUCCCCCAUAAGCACCAGCGCCUGGGAUCGUGACGCUGCUUCCAGUUGCUUGUGGAAGGUCUCAUCAACCUCCUCCUCCUGAUCGGGGGGCCUGUAGCACACUCCCACAACAGUGUCAGCCAUACCAGCCUGCCCCUUGAUUCUCAUCCACAAGCUCUCCACUGAAAUAGGUAUAAGAUGGUUCCCUUGGCUUAAGAGGCCGAUAGGGCCUCUUAAUUAGUAAUUAGUGUGAGGUGAUAAGGCAUUCACGUGGUAGGUGUAGUACAGAGGAUCGCACUGGACACUUUCAUAGCUUAAAUUCAUUAAUAGAGUAUUGCACUUCAACGUUUUGGGGUUGCAUGUAACUUCUGCCUGUCUCAUUAGCUGAUAUGUUAAUGCUGAUACAAUUCUGCUUCAGUUUUGGCAGAGGAUGCACGGCUCAGCGCUGUUAAGAGAGCUCCCAAAAUGCUCGAACUGGAGUUGUCCAGGGGCAGAGCAGAGCGGCGGUUCAGGGCAGUAAUUUCAAUAGCUAUUCCCAUAACAAAACUCAAUGCUACCUAACAGUUACUUCAGUGCUUUGCAGAACACUGCAGAUUACAAAAUGUCCACGUGUGUAUGUUGUUAAUGGAUAGAGCCAUUUGGGAUUUGGUAUUGCAGCAGAGCUCCCUGUUUUUCUCUGUUUUGGUUGAAUCUCCCUACACAAGUGUGCUUCAAAAUAAAUAGUUCAAAAAACAACUGAAAUGGGAGUGAGCAGCUUUCUUGUCUCAUGACUUAGAAGAGAUUGCUUCCUUUUCAGCAACAAUCCAUGGAGAAACUCUUAAGUAUAAAUUUGCUUUGUUUCUCCACUGUUAACACUUCGGGUUGAGUAGGUCCGUUUAUCUUGCCCAAAGCAAUCUGUGCACUGAGCCCAGAAACUUGUUCCUGGGCAAGGAGGUUUGUCUUUUUUGAAGUGGACAUGGCAUAUAUGUAUGAUAGAUGAGAAUUCCACAUUCUUCUUCCAUGUCCAGAACAGGAGUCACCUUGGAAUGUGCUGAAUUCAAGUAUCUGCGAUGAUGCCUUUUCAUCAGCAUGGCUGACUUUGUCUCAUCAGUUUCUUCUAUAAUCUGAAAUGGCAAUUUCCAGGCAGGUCUUACAAGCUUCUUCCAAGCAGUUAACUGCAAUCAGGUUUACUUUUAGAUUUGAGCUUUACAUCUGUAAGGUUAUAUGGUGGACUGGAGCAUAAGGAGCUAGGAAGUCCCUCUUCAAAGCUUUCCUCUGGUGCUCAUAGGUAAGAGCAACUUUUUCAGCUGCUUUUAUUCUCCAGAGCUUCUGGAUUGUUAUCUCCCACGGACUUCUUUCCCUCUUACUGUGGAAGUGUGGCUACUGGCGUUUAGUAGCUCUCCUUGUGUUGCUCUGGGAGCACAGAUCACCCUUCAGUUCAUGGUCAGCAUGCUGGAAGGUGAGACUAGAGCUGGUCACAGUGAAAAGCACCUGGCAGUAUGAGGAGGGGCAUUGCUGUUCUGCAGCUGUGGUUACUUGCCCCACUUCUUAGCAGUACAUGCUCCCGGUGCUUCACGUGCUGUUACGGUGUGGAAUACUGAAAACAAAAAUCAUACAACCAGGACAGUGGCAAAACCACAAUCUAGUAAUGGAAACAUGUAAACACUUGAUUGGGAUACUGAUGGAGCCACAGGCCCGGCAGCACUCAGGUGGGGCCAGGAGGGUGCACGUGACACCCAGUGCCUUCAGCAGCACCAACACGCCGGGCUCCAGCGGGGCUGCGUCCGGCACCGGGCCCCUCGCCCUGCGCUGGCUGCAAGAGCCGCCGCCCUGCUGCCUGGGUGCCCUCAGCCCCUGUGAGGUGUGAUGGCGUCACAGAGGGUGGCACGGAACGGCCAUUGUGACACGCGGGGUGCGGAACAGAGCUGAGGCUGCGGGGCUCAGGCCGAGCUCAGUGCGACCUGGUGAGGUGAGCAGGGAGGAAGGGGCUGCCUGAAGCUGCCCAGGGAGGAAGGUUCCCCAGCGCUCAGGGGCCUGAGCUGAGAACUCAGCCUCGUCCCGCUUCUCCCAUAGGUUGGCACGCGGAAGACGAAGCCCAGAACUGCUGGGACAGAGAUUCUGUUAGUGCUUGUCAUCAACACACACAGUGUCCAUGGAGACAAAGGAGGCUGCCGGCUUGAUGGAGCCAGCAUGCGUGCUGUGUGGCCGAGUGGAUGAGGAUUCGAGCAUCCUUGGGCGCAAAGAAGAGAACGGUGGAUUCUAUUACCAUACUUUUUGUGCGGUAUUUGCCAAUGGUCUUCGUGAACGUUCGGAAGACAUAUUUUACAGACGUUUUCACACAGAAGAUCUGGUACGCACCAUGAGGCAGGCAGAACAGAUGCUCUGCUUCGUUUGUGGCAAUCUGGGAGCCAGCAUCACCUGCGCAGAUCCAGGCUGCGACCGCAGCUUCCAUCUCCCCUGCGCCUUGGAGGGUGAAUGCGUCACCCAGUACACUGGAGAGUUCAGGUCCUUCUGCUGGGAGCACCGCCCACAUCAGGCAGUGGAGGCAGCACCUGUGCAGGACACGACCUGCAUCAUCUGCAUGGACCCUGUGGGGGACGGCAGGUCAUACAGCACCAUGGUGUGCCCGGCCUGCCGACACGCCUGGUUCCACCGGGUCUGCAUCCAGGAACAGGCUCUGCACGCAGGGUUUUAUUACUUCCGGUGCCCCCUCUGCAGAGACGACAUCAAGUUUAUUCCAAACAUGUUCUUUAUGGGGAUCCGAAUCCCAGGCAGAAGACCAACAUGGGAGGGCAACAACGCCUACGCAUCUCUACGCGAGAGGCACAGGAGAUGCGAUGCCAGUGACUGCUGUUACCCACGCGGCAGGGAGCACGCAGAGAGAGAGGGGCCCUGGCAGCUGCUCCUCUGCAGCUCCUGUGCUGCGCAAGGCACUCAUCGGCGCUGUUCCAACUUGAGUCAGAGCACAGCUAGCUGGGAGUGCAACGCCUGUGCUGGAGAGGGCACCGCCUCCGGCAGCAACUCAGAUCUUCCUGGCUACAGCACCAUCAGCCAGCAGGAAAUGGAGCCAUCCCAAGGCUCUGCGACACCAGAGAGGAGCAGCUCCAGCACCACCAGCCAGGCACCACUGGGGCCAGCUGACUGUUCCCGCGUGCCUGAGAGCGGCGGCCUGUCCAGGCAGCGCAGGACAGACCGGAGGAGAAUCCGCCCACGUCUACACCGGGAUGAAAAUGGCUUUAAUGAGCCCCAGGAACACCGUGGGAGCAGCCAUAAUGCUGCCCCAAUUGCCGGGAGCAGCGCCCUAAACUCUGCCAGCCAGGGGACAUCAGAGUCCUCAAGGAACUCCCCUGCAGUUGGCUACAACCUCCGGUGCAGACAGGGGCAGCGGGCCCAGACAAGAAGCCGCUCUCCCUUGCAGCACCGGGCCCCAGAUUCUCCAAGCCAGCCCCGAAGACGCCAAACACGUGGGAGCAGGCAGGCACCAACCCAAAGUGCUGAGAGCGGCACCAACAGAUGCACAAGACGGGGAGCACCGCGGUCCUCAAGGGCUUCCACAGCAGCGGAUGGAAGCCGGUCCAGACAGCCAGGGUGGGCCCGGACUCGAAGCCGCUCCCCUCUUGAACAUCGGGCUGCAGAGACCCCCAGCCAGCCCCGAAGAUGCCACAGGAGCCGCUCCAGGCGGCGAGGACCAGCCCGGGGGCGAAGCCGCUCCCGGGUACCAGCCCGGGGGCGAAGCCGCUCCCGGGUACCACGCUGGGCCCCGAACAUCAACAGCCAGCCCCAAUGAUGUCGCAGGAGCAGCCAUGUGCAAGCUCCAAUUGUAUCCAAAGUCAUCAUAGUCCAUCACAAUAAAACUGAGAGUUCCAUCA